GUGUUAAUAUUCUCAAUCCACACAACACAAGCAGCGGCCCAAGUCCACUAAACGUAGCCCUCUGAGGCUCCAUUAGCCUUUAAAAACAAGUCAUCAGUAAAGCCCACUGCUCCAACUCCAAGUGAACACAACGUACCAUAGGAAUGGGAAAAAUAUCCACAUCCUAAUUGAGUAGGAUAAAAUUUGAAUUCGAGAUAUUUUUGGUAGGUAUUUUUUUAUUUAGGAAUCUCAACCCCACGUGCUACUUCGUGGCAGUGGGAAACACCAAGUGGUGUAGCGAGGUUCGAAUCUGAGAUCUCACAAAUCUCAGACCCGAAAGACCACACUCCCAACCAAUUCGUCUGUGUUACCUUUGGCAUUUUUGGUAGGUAUUAGUAAAACUCGAAUUCAAAUAUUACGGUAUGAUGGAUGAAUAUAGUUUUCUCAUUAUUCAACCCGAAUCCUCCCGAUUAUACAUAUGCAUAUGUAUUUAUCUAUAAAUUAUCUUUAUUUUUCUCAUAAUCUUUUAUAUUUACUACACAUAUAUAAUCUUUUCACUAAAUUAUAUUCUUUCCAACUUUUUUCCUAGUAAUUUAUUAUUUUAUUUUAACUCGUGUAUUGCCAAUAUAUGUGUAAUUGUUAAUAUCUUUGCAUAAGUUAUGACGAAAAAUCCAUACCCAUGGAUAUUCAUGGAUACUAGAAACUCGAACCAGCAUAAGAAUAGUUUCAAUUUUCUACUCGAUUCUUGUGUGAGUAUGGGUAAAACCCGAACUACUUUGGAUAUGAUAAUGGAAGAAGAAGCCUUUGUCGGUAUAUUUGAUUACUAAUGCAGUUAACCGCAACUAACCACCAACCAUUUACGAUAUGGUCAUAGUUAGUGAUUAUGUUGUUGUUCGGUUUUCCAUCUCUAAUUACUAGUUAGAGCCUUGUCUUCAUGUGCCGUGUUGCUAGGAAUGACAAUAAGUUGACCUAUUAAAUAAUUCGAUUUAAUUGUCAUCACCAAUUUGAGUAUUGGGUUGAAUCCAAAUGUAUUAUUAUCAAUGAUAAAACAGAUGAACAAAAUGUAUUGGGGUGGACGUUCGUACAGUUUUAACUGUUACUCAUGAACUACCCGGUUUGACUGGUCAAUUUGUUCACUAUUUUAACCAUAAAAGGGUAAGAAAAAAUUUUAACAUAAAUUAAGACCUCCAACCUGAAUUACUAAUUUUAUUUUGCUUUAUUUUCUUCAUUUAUCAGCCUAUUUGUCGACUUUACAUGAUUCGCUAUCUAUUGUCACCUGAAUUACCGUAAACACUAAUUUUUCUAGUUAAAAAUGAGUAAUGUAAGAAAAUCAAAUCACAAUUCCUGUGUCAUGUUACUAUUGUUUUGCACUUUUGCCUACCAAGUGUCAACAAAUCAACCUUUUUUUUUAAUCAAAGACGUAAAACUGGUUUUUUUUUCCUUUUCCCAUAUAUUGACCGAAAACUGAGUAUUUCACUUAAACGACCUGCCGUUUCGUGCUUUAUUUCUACGACUCCGAGUGGAAAAUGGAGCGGCGAGGAUCUCUGCGAAGAAAUAGAAGAAUAUCCGCGCACUACGAAAUUAGGGUUUUGGCUUCCCCGCAUAUAUAAUCUCUCCCACUCGCAACUUCACUUCUCCUCUUUUUUUCCGGCUGAACGACUCACUCAGAUCUUUCUUCCUUCCAAAUCUCUUCUUCAAAGGCUUCCGUCGCUUUUCAGGAUCCAUGGCGGUCACCUUCUCAGAUCUCCAUACCGAGGCUGGCCUUAAGGCCCUGGAAGCCUUCCUUGCCGGGAAAUCCUACAUCUCCGGGGAUAAGUUCACCAAGGAUGAUGUGAAGGUUUAUGCUGCUGUUCAGAGCGUUCCCGGCGCUUCCUUCCCCAAUGCCGGCAAGUGGUACAGCUCUGUAUCUUCAAAGCUUGCUUCAAGCUUCCCUGGAAAGGCUGCUGGUGUUGGAGUUGGUGGCGCUGCCGCCGCCGCCCCUGCUAAAGAGGCUGCUCCUGCUGCUGCUGGAGAUGAUGAUGAUGACUUGGAUCUUUUUGGCGAUGAGACCGAAGAGGAUAAGAAGGCAGCAGAGGAGAGGGAGAAGGCCAAGUCUUCUACCAAGAAGAAAGAGAGUGGGAAGUCAUCUGUUCUGUUGGAUGUUAAGCCUUGGGACGAUGAGACAGACAUGAAGAAGUUGGAGGAGGCAGUGAGGAGCAUUGAGAUGCCUGGUCUCUUCUGGGGAGCAUCAAAAUUGGUCGCAGUCGGUUACGGAAUCAAGAAGCUCUCGAUCAUGAUGACCAUUGUGGAUGAUGAAGUCUCCGUGGAUACACUCAUUGACGAGUACCUCACAGUUGAGCCCCGCAAUGAAUACAUCCAGAGCUGCGACAUUGCUGCCUUCAACAAAAUUUAAGUUAGUUCUUUUUUUUGUUGUACUCCCCCCUUCUGACUAGUUCUCUCUGCCCCGUCGUUGGAGUUGUGGUUUUUCUGCAUUGUGGUCUUUUUUUCCUUUUUAGUGAUACGAGGGAGAGGGAGAAAUCGUAGAUAUGGGCUUAAACUAUGUGCCCUUGUUUGCUUGGUGAAAGGUGAAUGAAAACGUUGAAUCCAGUUUUGGUUGCUUUUGCUGUGGGACUCUUUGACAGACGUCGGUAAGAUAUCAUAUAUUGUGAAAUCACCUGGUUUGAGGUUUCUGAAUGCUUCUGCAUGAGCAAUUGCACUGGGAAAGUUAGUAGAAGCAGUUGCAAGGUGGUUGGUUGAGCAAGUGCUAUACAGUAAUGUGGCGAGGGAUGCUGCUCCAGGAACGAUAGAUCAUUAGCUUGUUCACUCUCUUGCUCAUUUCUUUUAUCAAUUUACCUGAGCUCAAAUGCAUCUCUUUGUGUAGUUCAUUAGGUGGCUGGAUUAGUCGGUGAUUUUAAGCUUGUACUUAAUGCAGCAGGCCUUGUAGUCAGACCUGUCGAGCUCAUCGCAUCAUCAUGCUAAACUUCUAAUCUCGAGUUAACUCUUCAAACGUAAGAACCAAUUCGUCCUAUCGUCUUGUAUUUUUUGUAGUAGUACUUGACGCAUCCACCUUAACUCCUUUUUGUAAAUCAUAAUUCAACUUGCACCACUCAGCAACCCACCCAACCCAACUGAAAGAAGAAUGCAAGUGAAUUGUGAGUCACAAUGGCAGUCCCUACGGUGCAUGGUCAAAAAUACAAGUUUAAAGUGCUUGGCAAUGCCAAAACAUCUCGUUUAUUGGUUUUGCUGCGAGUUAGGUACGAAGAAUCAGUGGCAGACCUAGCAUUACUAGAUAGGAGAAAUUUUACAAUGCUAUAUAAUAUUGGUGCUAUAGGUUUUUGUCUUUAUAGUACAACUUAGAAUUGUACAUUUACGUUAUGGUACAACUUCAGAUUGUACCUAUACUUUUUGUGCAAAUUCUUUUACGGUACAAUUUGAACUUGUACCUUUAUGUGAUGGUACAACUUCAAGUUGUAAAGUUGUACCGUAACAUAGUGAUACAAAUUGCUUUAUGGUACAACCUAAACUUAUACAUUUAAUGUUAUGGUACAACUUUGAGUUGUACAUUAAAGCAUCAAUACUAUAUAGCAUAGUAGAAGUGCUCUACUAGAUAGGUGUGUCGGUAAAUAUAAAUAGCGGAAUAUUUUUUAACUAAUUAAAAGAAUUUUAAUUAAUUAAAAAUAAAUAUAUAAGAUUUAUUCUUAAAAUUUCAUUGAUUUUUAUAGCGAAACACGACAACUUUUCAUAUUAUGAAAGGUUCUUAAUUAUAUUUGUCACUUAUAUUGCAAAUUAAACCCUUUUUUAUGUGCACAACUAAACAAUUAUUCGUAAAUUGGUCACUCUACUAUGAGCAGAGACCUUUUUUAUUUGCAUAUUGGCCUCUCAAUAAACAUAAUAUUAGAGGUAGAAAUGUGGAUUAAAAAAGGUAAGAGGAUAAAUAGGUUUAUUAAUGUAAGUAAGAUGGAGUUUUCAUUUUUGUCCAAUCAAAAACGAGAAGUGAUGUGAUAAAAUGUUUAUGCAAAUUAGUUAUCUAGUAAUAGAGAUAAGUAUAUUAUCGAUGAUAAAAAUUAAGGAAUUGAAAGGAACAAAUUAAUUUUCUAUAAUUUAAUGUAAAACAAUAACUAAAUCAAAAACCAAAUUGAAAAUUUAACCUCAUGAAAAAUCUAUGGAAAGAAGCUAUGGGAAAAGAUAAUAUGUAAUUCACCAUCUAAUUACUUGAUUGAACUCAUUUAUUAAUCAAUUAAUUCUCAUUCAAAAUUAUUGAUGUAAUCUUUAAGGUGAUUGUUACUCUCUGAAUACUCCGCAUGCUAAGUAGUCAAUUAACUGUUUACUCUCGUACAACCAACUAAUUAUCUCCUAUAUUUACAUAUUUUAAUAACUUUAUGACAACGAA